CGGCAGGCGCGUGACACAGACAGUUCGACGGAGGCAAGAAAAGAGGAAACAAGAGGGAAAGAGAAGAAUCGGGACGAGAGGAAAGGCGAGAGAUCAUUAGUCAAAUGGAUAUCCGACUUUUUUCCUACAUAUGUACGUUACACCGUAGCGAACGAUAAACUCGGCGAUCCCCGAUAUCGUUCAAGGAAGACCGAAGUAAAUAAAGAAACAUCAGAUGCUGACCGAUCGCGCGAUCGUCACAACCGUAAGACUCUCGAGUACAUCAAUUUGUAAAUACAUAAAAAAAAACAUGGCAAUAUUUAACAACAGAUAAAGACUGGGUGAGGUGAUAUGAGAAAAUCAAGAGAGAUAAGGAAAAACAACAAAUGUUCUGACUAUAUCUUAGUUCCGAUUACAUCUAGUUUUGUACAACAUCAUUAAGGAUAGACUCUUCAACUCUUUGGAAUUGAAGAUGGACAGAUUGCGGCUACUGCCUAUGGAUUUACCUACAAUCACAGUCAGUACUAUUGGAAACACUAAAAGCAAGUCAUCUUUUGUUCGACGUUUGACAGUAGGAUUUGUAAUUCUGGCUGUACUUGGUCUUUUAUAUGUGCCAGCAUAUCAUUCGGCUCAGAGUCCAUUCUUAGGUGAGACUCCGUCCCCUGCAGAAUCCCCUGGCAGUUUGCAUUCAUUAGCAUCUGUAGCACAAUUACCCGGAUGGUCCUACAAUACAUCGAGAGAUCUCUGCGUUUACAUUCACCCGGGAAAUACCACGUCAAUUCUCAGUCCUACUGGCAUCUGUUCACUACCGCCGUAUCUGUUAAUAAUUGUAUGUUCGGCUGUUGCAAAUCAGGAGGCCCGCACCGCUAUUAGAAGCACCUGGGCAAAUAAAUAUAACUUAGAUAAUUUGUAUAAUUUUACAGUAAAAGUAGCAUUUUUGCUAGGACAAAGUGACAACGAUACACUUAACAAUUUAAUCGUUGAAGAAAGUUCCCAGUACAAUGAUAUUGUGCAAGAACGCUUCUUAGACACAUAUAACAAUUUAACGUUGAAGUCAGUUAUGAUGUUAAAAUGGGUGAUGUCAAAUUGCGAUCAGACUAAAUACCUCAUGAAAACGGACGAUGACAUGUUUGUCAAUAUUCCGUUGCUCCUGCAAACGUUGCAUUCAAAGCCAAAAACAGAGACUCUCUUAGGGUCUCUCAUUUGCAAUGCCAGACCAAUAUUAGAUCCAAAAAACAAGUGGUAUAUGCCAAAGUAUAUGUACUCAGAAAAAACAUACCCAAAUUAUCUAUCUGGCACAGGAUAUGUUAUGAGCAUGGGUGUAGCGUCCAAAUUAUAUCAAGCCGCGUUGGUAACGCCGCUAUUACACUUGGAGGACGUUUAUAUUACGGGUUUGUGCGCGAAACGCGCGAAAGUUCGACCUGUAAAUCAUCCUGGAUUUGGUUAUGGACCUCGCAAAAUGGAUCCCUGCGUCCUUAGAAACGCCAUUACUACGCACAAAGUUAACGCAUCUAAUAUGUAUGUGAUUUGGAUAAAAGUAAACAACGCGAGUGUUAUCUGCAACAAUCGCACUCGUGUCGACAGGAAGUCGAUUACUUUAAGCAGAAGUAGCAGAAAUGCCGGCUAUUACGUUUUUAAAAAAAAAACUAUAAAUAGGCUGUGUGCAAUUUCCAUUGUUAGUUUAUGGAUAAUAAGCCUUUAACUCAUGACUGAUGUAAAUCAACAAUCAAAGGCAGUGGCGUAAAUGUUUUUUUACAUAUGAAGUUGCAACAUAAUGCUUCAAUAUGUAUUUAAUAUAAGUUAUUCUGAACCAAAGAGGCGCAUAAAGCGGAUUAGAUAGAGCGGAAAGCUUGCGUGUACAUUUCAAUGCCAAAUAUUGAUCAAAAGCCAAAUUACCAAGAUCAAAUCAUGAUAUACAUAUGAUCAAAGCAUACAUUUUCCUAUCUUAUAUUUAGCUUUUAUUAUAACAAUAUGUGUAUUUGUUUUUUCAAACAGACACAACAAAGCUAUCAAAUUUUAUAACGAUUAAGUGAAACAGAUAAUACAAGAUAAGUAACAAUAAGCAAGAGAAUAAAAAAAAAACUCGCACAUUUUAGCUAUCUUUUGUAAACUAACCUAAACCUAAACCUAAACUAAUUUAAUUUGCCAAACUCGAGUUUGAUUUUUAAGUCAGAAUUUUUAUAAAUAUUUCAAAAGACAAAUCUUUCACAUUCACAUGAUAAAGUAUGUAUUGGAAAAUAAUAUAAUAUAAAUAUAUAUUUUUAUAAUAUAAACAUUGAUCUUGCAUAUCACUUUAGUGUUCGUCUUCAAAAAUCGAAAUACAAACUUGAACUUUAUAUACAAACGAAUCAUAAAGAUAUGAAUGAUAGCUGUGUUCGGCAUUGUGAAAAUUACUAGUAAAACUGAUUGACGCAUUACGCUCAAUUUCUUUAUCUCUGAUAAGUUCUUGAUAACUUUAUCUAAAAGAUAAAGCAUAUCUUUUUGUAUAGUUUUAUUCAGAGAAUAGUUAUCGGGAGGCAUGAAAAAAUCUUAGUCGAAACUACACAAAAAUUUUUAAGAUAAAAAAAAAAAA